UCACCUGGGUUAUAAAUCUUUUCAGAUAACAAUUUUACGAAAUAGUUAUAAAAUUUGAAUCUGAAUGUUUGAUCGAGGUCCAAUAAUUAUAUAAUUCCAUUUCCUCAAGAUGGCCGAUUUGUGUCAAAAGAAUUUCGGGCGGAAACGAUUGUUUGAUUAAUGUGAAGACAAGAAAGUAAUUUAACAUGAGGCUAAAUUCAAAAGAACUUGUUUACAUUGCCCAGAACUGUGUAACCUGUGAUAAAGAAGGCCUGCUACUGUUUAAAGAAAAGCAGGAUGGUUUACUUAAAAGAGGAGAAACUUAUUUAGAGAGAUAUUUUAGAUUAAAGGGAAAUCUUCUCUUUUAUUUCAAGAAUAAAGAAUCAGUUACAAAAUCUGAACCAAUAGGGUUAAUGGUAUUAGAAAGAUGUACAGUAGAAUUAGAAUCAGAAGAAGAAAUACCUAAUGCUUUUGUUCUUGUUUGUGAAGGAGAGAAUCAUGUGUUUAAAUUUGCUGCUAUGUCAGAAGAAGAUAGAGAUCAUUGGAUUCAGGCUCUACAUAUAGCAAGCUAUGAAUGUCUUAAGAUGCAGUUAGAAAGCCUCACAGAUCAACUACAGGGAAAAACUGGCAAAAAUCCCUUUCCACAACAAGCUCAACAACAUACAGGAAUAGAUUUAGAUAGUCACACGGAAGAUCAAGUAAAUGAAGAUUGUAUAUUAGAAAUUUCAUUAAGUUGUUUAGAUUUAAAAUGUGAUAGUAGUGGACAGCCACCUAACCCACUUAUAGUUAUACAUACAUUAGAACCACCGGAUCAGUUAUUAUGGUCACAUCAUAAUCAUACAGAAAUAGUUGAGAAAACGUGUAAUCCGCAGUUUUUAAAGACAAUAGGAUUUGGAGAUGGAGAGAAUGUUAAUCUAAUAACAAGAGUUAAAGUGACUAUAUAUCAUGUUGUAGAAAGAAUGACAGGAACAAUGGUACAGUUAGGUCAUUCUAUUUUUACAUUACGUGAUAUUAUAGCAGCAGAAGAUAAUACUUUACACCUGUCUAUCAAGAGUCCAGAUUUACAUGAUUGUGGUAAACUGUGUGUUAUAGGUUGGACAAAUAGUGCUUUACCAAUUUCUCCAGUAUUUCAAACAGAUAAGGAGGAUGAAUAUAUUGAGCAGGAAGUCAAAUCAAAAUCUAUUAAUAAACAAGAAUAUUCACCUAAAAAUUUGUAUGAAAAUGUGAUAUGUAAAUCAUUCCGUUUCUCCACUAAUUCCCAGAAGGAGGUUUUACAAGUUUAUGAAUAUAUGGCUGAGAGUCGAUGGUCUUACGAUAUACCUCAUAAAUUAUUAUGUUUAUUUGUUGAAGAAGAAAAAAGGAAAGUUUCACUUUUACAAGAAAUGGGCGAGCUCGUUCCUGAUAUUGAAUCAGAUCAAGUGGCAUGGAUCACACUUUCUGCAGCCAUUGUGGAAACUUUUAUUAAUGCCCUGGAUACACUAUCAAUAUACAAAGGUGCAUACUUUAAAGCCAGUCGUGACAAGGAUAAUAAAGAAUAUCAAUUUGUACCUGUUAAUAUACAUUUACAAAGAAUGGCUGUAGGUACAGAGGGAUCAAAACAGGGUACAAUAUAUGAAGCAGUCACCAUGGGGGCCUUUACUGAUCAUGUUCAAAAGUGGAAAAAUGGUGGAUUAAAGAGACUUCUUCAAUCUCAAGUAGAUCUAUAUACACCACAGAGUACACUUGGACAAAAAACUAAACUACAUAAAGCAUGUAAACUACUUAGUGAUUUAGCUGAAUUAAAAUAUGUCAUUAAUUUAGGCUGUGAAAAGUUAUGCCAAACUCUUAUAAAUGAAUAUAUGGAAGAAGUUCAGGCUAGAAUUGAUUUUAUAGCAAAUAAGUCAAGGAAACUUGUUGAACUAUGUGAUGAACCACUACUACAAACAUCUUCAACAGAAUAUUCCCACGCUAAAACAUCAGCUAGUCAUGUAGAUGGUAAAGAUUUAGCUGCAUCUUUAACUCAUGUAAAAGAUAAGAAGGAGAAAUCUGAACCUGCAGACAAUGGUGAUGGUUCUUCUAGCAGGUCUUCUCUGUGGUCAGGAAGUAGUCUCGCAAAAAGUCCAACUCUAGAACCUUGGGAAGUAACAAGACUGAAUUUAGAAGCUGCUGUUGUAUGUCUUAUAUCUAAAGUAGAGGAAAUGUUGAAAUGUAAAAAUAACAAGGAAACAACCUCAUGGUUAAGUGAUAUCAGUCCAGCCAUAAUUAAAUUACAGAGUUUUGUGGAGAUAGUCUUUCAGAGAGCUAAUUUAUUUCUAACAUUUUUAUCACUCAGGGAAAAUCGAUUCAACAUAAAAACUAUGCACUCCAUAAAGUACAGAAGAGAUGUAAUGACUACACAUUCAAUUUCGACCCUUUUCACCGGAAUAAUAUCAAAAGUUUAUAAUUACAAAGACAAUGUUGACUAUUUUACACGUAUCAGUAAGAUUGGAUUGUUGGCAAAGUUUGAGGGUUUAUUAAGUUGCUAUGGUGAUGAGAUGGGUAUGUUAGAAGACAUGUGUGUAGCUGUAGAUGAUUUAUCAACUGUAACAUUUUCAUUUACACUAUCACGAGAUGGUACAACAACUACAACACCAUCUUUACAAAGAUGUUUAAAGAAUGGCAGGUUUCCAGAUAUUAAUAGACACUGUAUUCAUAUGACAUUGGGUGUAUCAUCUGAUCUGUAUGAUAAACUACCAUCAAAUUUACAGAAAGGUGAUGAUAUAAAAGUUAUACCAGUAUUAUUUAAUAUAGGUAUUAAUGAACAAGCUACAUUAGCUGAAAGAUUUGGAAGUACAAACUUACAAGAUCAAAUAAAUACAGAAAGUGUAGCCAUAUUAUCACAUUAUUAUGAAGAUUAUAUGAAACAUUUUGCAGAUCCUGGAGAGAAAUCUACACAGGCUUAUAUAGGUAGAUUAAUACAACAGUUAAAUACAACUAUUAUUAGUAAAAAAAGUAAAAAUGUUGAAAUACUACAUAUAGCUGAAGAGUUAUGUCGUAAAUUAGAUGGGGUACAUUUUGUUAGUUGUAAAAGUGGAAAGGAUCGUACAUCAAUGGCUGUAACGUUACAACAAGUGCAGAUAUUACAACAAGAACAUGAUCUAGCAUCACAUGUAUUCUGGCAGGCCUUAGAUUGCUUUAGAAGUGUCGGAUGUCGAAGAGAAAAUACACUGAAAAAUGCUGGAAUGAAGAAAUAUGCCUUUAAUAGUUUACAGUUAUUAUCUUUUCCAAAAUUAUACAGACCACCAGGGGGCACUUACGGCAAUGUACAAACUUAAAGAGGAUGUUGUCGUUUUUAACUAGGACCACUUAUGAAAAACACACAUAUUUUUGAUUUGAUAUAAUAUUUGAAUUUACCAUUACAUUGUGAAUGUUCAUGUUAGUUUUUAUUUAAAAUAUGACAGAUUUAUAUGAUUUUGUAAUAAACUAAAUACAUAUUAGUUAUUAAUAAUUUUAAAAUUUUAAUUUAUACCAAUUAUUAGAAUAGAAACAAAGGACUGUUUUUAAAUGAAAUUCUAAGUGAUUUACUUGGUCUGGCAUACUGCAUGACCAUAUAAUAAAAGUUAGCAGACAUGGUAGUUUAGUUAGCAGACAUAGUAGUUUAGUUAGUAAAAUAUAAUUGAAAAUAACAGGAUCUCCAUAUUUUUAUGUUGUAUUGAAAUAUAUACCUUAUGCCUUCAGCUCAAUUCAAGUGCAAUAUUCCUUAGAAUUUUAUAUACAGUGUUCAUUUUAUUUGUUAAGAUCAUUUCUGUACAUUUUUAAUUUUAAUUACAAUUAUGUAGAUAUUUUAAAUAUCUUUAAUUAAACGUCCAAAACUAUAUUACCUGUGUAAAUCAUAGAAUGUAAUAUUUUUUAUAAUAAUAUAAAUCAUAUGAUUAAAUCUGUAUUAAUGAUGUGUGAACAGUAGUAAGGGAAUGUAAACUUUUAAUUGUCAGUUCCUCAUUAGGAUUGUCUCCAGCUCACUUUUUACUGCAGUCCAUUGCUUACUAUAGUAUUUUAAAAUACAAUUAUGUAAAUUUGCACAUACAUAUAUAUUUCCUGUUAAAUAUUCAAAUAUUUUUUUGUGGUAUUUAAAUUGUUAACAUUUGUAAAUAAUAAAAUUUAACGAAUAUUAUGAAACUGUUUAUUAUGAAAUUGCCAUCGACAUAAGUGUUCUUAGAACUGGCAUCAUCUUGUUCCAUGGAAAUUACAUCACAUGAUAAUGUCAUGUGACUAUAAAUAAGCAAAAUGGAAGCGAAUGAAGACACCGUCUUUUAAAAUGUUGAUAAUGAUGUAUUAGUAGAAUUGUGGUAAGACCGACCAUGCCUUUGGCAUGCUUCAUCUAAGGUAUUUGCCAUCACGUGAUGAAUAAAUUAACAGUCACGUUGUAAGUAUAAUCGCUAUCAGUUCCAUGUCGACAUGAGCGCUCUAAAUUCAGUUGCUGAUAUGAUCGACAUAAGCACACUUGCAACUGAUUUGACCUAGUUCCUUUGAGUUGCAAAGUCAACGUAAGUCCUCCUUAUUAAAACCCCCCUGCACAUCAUAGAGCUACACCCUUUAGUAAAGAUUUAUAUUACAGACACCGAUUGAAAUAGCAAUUGAAUGGAUGAAAUAGACAGGAAAAUGAACUGGCACAGAUAAUAAACACUUUUAAAACAAUAUAAAAGAUAUAUUUUAUGGAUAACAAGUUUAUUAACAAUUAUAGAUGUAGACAAUUAAAAAAUGGAUGUAAAUCAUUUUAAAAGGCAACAUUUAGAUUAAUCGUAUUAAAAUACAUGUACAGUGUACUUUUUUUUUUUUAAUUACAUUAGACUGUUUAUAAAUGAUCCUGGAUUUUAUAUUUUGUGACAUUUGUUGUUUUUUUUUUAUUUUACUCUUUGGUAUUUAAGUACAUUUUAUUUGAUACAUAAUUUGGCAUGCUUUUUAGAAAACAAGUGGUUUCAUAAUUGUUAUAUUUCAGUCAUACAAAAUAUACAAAAAUAUGUGCACACUUACAAAAAUAAUACUUUUUUAAAUUUCCUAAAAAAAACAAACUAAACAACAUCAAAAAAACUAAUAUUUCAACAUGAUAUUUAUAUCAUUAAUUU